CUGCCGACCCGAUUUUGGCGCGUUUUUUCCCUUCUCGUGGACGCGCCCCGUGCUCCGGAUCUCGCGAGAAAUCCAGCGGUUUCACUAUCGUGUUUACACUAAUUAAACCCAUUACCCCCGAUAAUCCGAACCGAGCCAAUCCGGAUUAAGUCGGGCUGGUGGUUCCGGAGCCGAGCCCGCAGAAAAAUCACCAUACAACACCUUCUCUUCCCCCAUUCCACCUCAGGGGUCGCCCCUCUCUGACGUAAAAAAAAUCUUUUUUGGGGUAAUUUGUGACGUAAAAUAUCGCUAUCUCCAUCUGACGGAACCCUAGCUGGUUUCCCUGGGGUGGGGGGGCCUGUCGGAGGUUACCUCCCCCGCCCCCUCAUGACCGGGUAUCCCGUGCUAGUGAAGGGCGGCGCGGGUAUCCGCGCCUAGGAAAGCUCGGGGAUUUGCGGCCUAGUGUCGGGAGUCUGGGGGGAAGCACGACGGCCGGCAGGGGAGGUGAGGCGGAGGAGAAGAUCCCCCACAGGGGGGCCGGAAGACACCCCGGAGCCUGGGGAAACCCACACCGAGGGCCAUAGUGGAAAUGAUGGAAGAAUUGCAUAGCCUGGACCCUCGGCGCCAGGAAUUGUUGGAAGCACGAUUUACAGGAGCCGGGGUUUCAAAGGGACAAUUGAACAGCGAAUCUUCUAACCAAAGCCUAUGUAGCCUGGGUUCUCUGAGCGAUAAAGAACUUGAGCAGACUCCAGAGAAAAAACAGAAUGACCAGAGGAAUCGCAAGAGGAAAGCAGAACCUUAUGAAACAAGUCAAGGGAAAAACACUCCUAGAGGACAUAAAAUUAGCGAUUAUUUUGAGUUUGCUGGGGGAAGUGGCCCGGGGACAAGUCCUGGCAGAAGCGUUCCACCGGUUGCCAGAUCCUCACCGCAACAUUCCUUAUCAAACCCUUUACCCCUAACGAGUCAGCAGAGCAGCCCUCCUUCCUCCACACCAUUGAACCUAGAUCAUUCCUCUAUCCCCAUUAAACAGAUUUCCGUCCAGCACAGACAAACGCAGUCUGACCUCACGAUGGAUAAAAUAUCCGCGCUCGAAAACAACAAAAACUCUGACCUAGAGAAAAAGGAGGGAAGGAUAGAUGACUUAUUAAGGGUAAAUUGUGACCUCCGACGGCAAAUGGAUGAGCAGAAGAAAAUGUUGGAGAAGUACAAAGAACGGUUAAACAGAUGUGUGACGAUGAGCAAAAAACUGCUUAUUGAGAAGUCCAAACAGGAAAAAAUGGCUUGUCGGGACAAAAGCAUGCAGGAUCGCCUGCGGCUGGGCCAUUUCACUACUGUCCGUCAUGGGGCCUCUUUCACUGAGCAGUGGACCGAUGGCUAUGCCUUUCAGAACCUCAUAAAACAACAAGAACGAAUAAACUCCCAAAGGGAAGAGAUUGAACGGCAACGGAAGCUGCUGGCUAAACGGAAGCCCCCAGCAAUGGGACAGACGCUACCUGCAAAUAAUGAGCAAAAGCAGCGUAAAAAUAAGACCAACGGUGCAGAGAAUGAAACGUUAACCUUAGCUGAAUAUCAUGAACAGGAGGAGAUAUUCAAACUGCGAUUAGGUCACCUUAAAAAAGAAGAAGCUGAGAUACAAGCGGAACUAGAAAGGCUCGAAAGGGUCAGAAAUUUGCACAUUAGGGAGUUAAAAAGAAUACAUAAUGAAGAUAACUCUCAAUUUAAAGAUCAUCCAACGCUAAAUGACAGGUAUCUACUGCUUCAUCUGUUGGGUAGAGGAGGCUUCAGUGAAGUGUAUAAGGCAUUUGACUUAACGGAGCAAAGAUACGUAGCUGUGAAAAUACACCAGUUAAAUAAGAACUGGAGGGAUGAAAAGAAAGAAAACUACCACAAGCAUGCCUGCAGGGAAUAUCGUAUUCACAAGGAGCUGGAUCACCCCAGGAUAGUCAAACUUUAUGACUAUUUUUCUCUUGACACAGACUCGUUCUGCACAGUGCUGGAGUACUGUGAGGGCAACGAUCUGGACUUUUACUUGAAACAGCACAAGCUUAUGUCAGAGAAAGAGGCCCGUUCCAUCAUCAUGCAGAUUGUAAAUGCUCUCAAGUACUUGAAUGAGAUCAAGCCACCAAUAAUACACUAUGAUCUAAAGCCAGGUAAUAUCCUUUUGGUUAAUGGUACCGCCUGCGGGGAGAUAAAAAUCACAGAUUUUGGACUCUCUAAAAUCAUGGAUGAUGACAGCUAUAACUCAGUGGAUGGCAUGGAGCUCACGUCACAAGGGGCUGGAACCUACUGGUACCUGCCUCCUGAAUGUUUUGUGGUUGGUAAAGAGCCCCCCAAAAUUUCAAACAAGGUUGAUGUUUGGUCUGUAGGAGUCAUUUUCUACCAGUGUCUGUAUGGGCGGAAGCCAUUUGGUCACAACCAGUCUCAGCAGGAUAUCUUACAAGAGAAUACCAUCCUUAAAGCCACAGAGGUUCAGUUUCCUCCAAAGCCAGUUGUGACCACAGAAGCCAAGGCUUUUAUCCGCCGUUGCCUUGCCUAUAGGAAGGAGGAUCGGAUAGAUGUCCACCAGCUAGCGUCUGACCCCUACCUACUGCCGCACAUCCGUAAAUCGGUCUCCACCAAUAGUCCAGCCACCGCUGCAGUAGCCUCAACGUCUACUUCCUCCAACAACAGCUUGUCAAACUGAGAGAGCACGGAUAAAGCACUAGAUUGAUUCUCUGCUGCGUUACACAUUGUGUUAAUGUCGGCAGAGGAGUUGCACGGCUCCCUUGGAAUACGUUUCUUCCUUUUUGGCGGAGAGCAGCGAGUGCUCCAUGGAACAUUUCAAUUACUGGCUUAUUAGAGCCACAAAAAGCUGGAUUUGGAAUGGAGCCUUGCAAUGGAUCCACAAUCCCUGUCGAGUGGAAGCCUAUGUCUUCGUUGGCAAGGACCUCAAAAAGGAUGACAAGGCAGUAGACUUGGAUCUGUAACUUGGACAAUGCAUCCUCUCCCAUCCUCCCCUUCCUCCCCUCUCCGUGGACUUCUUAUUUCUCUACACAGCUGACAACCGUUAAAUGAAAAUAAACUUUUUGUUAAGAAGAUUUUCAGGCGCUGGGUCCUAGUAGACUGGACUUGUCCUCCCCUCCCUAUUCCCUUUGUUGAUAUUUAAACCUGUUCUGAUUCCCCUUUCAUCAUUUAAUGAAACGUUCAAGUGAGAUUGCCAGAAGGGUGCACAAAAUUCCUGUGGCCUCCCUUAUUCAUACUAAGAAGCCAAGAGGCCCUUCCUAGAAGCGGAGCUAUUUUGUUACCUUGUAAAGUCGAUCCAUCACCUACAGAGAGCGGGGGCAUCUGUUUUUAGGCUAAACUAAUAUUCUUAGAGUUCAGUAGGAACUGGUCACGUCACUGUCUCUCCUUUUUUUUUUUUUUCUUGUCUUUUCUUUUUUUUUUUAUAGUUCUUGAAUAUUGGUUCAGACCAAGAAAAGAAAAAAAAAGGUUGCCUCCGUUUUAUGUAGGCGAUGGGUCCACUUUGAGGAUCUGGCAGGGCAUAGGUUUUAUUAAAGUGAAAUCCAUAUUACUAGGGACAGAGGAAAGUGUUAGCGUUUCCUUUUCAUCUUCACAGUACAACUUUUCCAGGCAGUUUAA